UUUUUGUUUCUUGGUUUUUGGUUAGUUUGUUAUGAUUAAUUAAUUUGCCUUAAAGUCAUGAUUAUCGAGUGGAGAGCUUUCAAAUUUACUAAUUUCAUCACCGUUUUUAAUAUAACCUUGUUCACCAGAUUGUUAAUUAUCUUUAAUUUGAUUGAAUUUUUGUUGGCAUUAGGAUUAACUGGCAACAGUUAUGACCAGAGUAUCGCUUAUAAACUUUUACCCACUUCUGAAAAGAGAGAGUUACAAACUCAUUUGCUUAAUCUUCUUGGAUUGGAUCAUCGACCGAAACCGAAAAGAAAAGAAAUUUUCUCAUCUAUUUAUCUAAAAGAAAUUUAUCAAUCUUUUCUCAAUGAGGAUACUUUGAAUCUCAUCUACAAGGAUGGUCAUCCUUUUUAUCAUCGUGUACAAUUUGAUAGCCAUCCAACUGUCAAAGCUUUUAACGAGUCAGAUGUAAUUGUGAGCUUUAUGAACGAUAAUUUAGCUAAAAUUAAUGGAUUGGAUUCUAACCUGAGCAAAGGAUCUAGAUUUUGGUUUAACACAAGAGAAAUAGCUCAAGGGAGCAAAGUUUCUAGUGCUGAGUUACGAUUGUUCAAGAACGAAACUCAUCCAGAAAUCCUCGACCUUUUCGAGAUAAAUAUUUAUUUCAUUGAUAACGAACGUAAUAAAAAGUUAAGAUUGAUCGAAAGCAAAACUUUCUCAAAUGUUCGAGGAUGGUUAAUAUUCAACGUCACUGGUGCCAUACAAACUUGGAUUGAUAAUCCAAACAGUAAUUCUGGUCUCUAUAUGACUAUUUACUCAACGUCCACAGGUAAAGAGCUUUCACCUGAAAGCAUAGGACUAAAUGGAUCGAUGGAAAACAAUGAAAAUCUUCCGUUCGUUUUCGCGUUUUUCAAAAGCCAUUCGCAUCUACUACAUAGGAAGAAAAGAGAUGUUAAAAAUAACGAAGAAGUGUCCACUUACAAACCACAUAAUCCAUAUUAUGAAUUAACAGAAUUUGUCUCUAACCGAAGUUGUCAGAAAAAGAGCUUAUUUGUCAGUUUUAAAGAACUCGGAUGGCAAGAUUGGAUUAUCGCUCCUGAAGGUUAUGCCGCUUCUUUUUGUGAUGGCGAAUGCUCCUUUCCGUUAACCGCUCAAACGAACGCCACCAAUCACGCCAUAGUUCAAACCCUCGUCCAUUUAAUGAAACCAAGCUCAGUGCCGAAAGCCAGUUGUGCCCCAACUAAACUCUCGUCGAUUAUGGUUCUUUAUUUUGACGACAAUUCAAACGUUAUCCUUAAAAAGUACAGAAAUAUGGUCGUUAAAUCUUGUGGAUGCCAUUGAACAAACUUGAUAAAUUUAUUUUUAUUUUCCAAUUCAAUUCAAUUCAAAAUUAGCAGUGCACAAAUUACUUACAUUAUUUGCUAAAUCAAUUCUCUGAUUUUCUUGAAAUUUGUAAUUUAUCAAUCACCAUUCAUCAAGCGUUGAUUAAAGUUACCAUCGCAAUCUCUUUA